UCAGUUCGAAAACCGCUUCUGUAGUCCAGUUGCAAUUCAUACGUUCUCUGUGACUCCUCUUAGUUCAUGCGCACAUAACUAGCUAGAAGCCUUCGUGGACAUCGUUAACUAGCUACCAUCAGACGCCGUGUAAUGUCUUGCUGGGAAAGCUGUGGGCAGCAGUGGCGUAGGAGCUGAAGUCUAUGAGAAAUUUAAUCACCAUUUGACAUUUCAUUGAUUUUAUUGUAACACCUAACGACGUUUGGAAGGCCUCAACAUGUCUGUCGCGGGCUUCAAGAAACAAUUUUAUAAAGCAAGCCAGAUGGUGAGUGAGAAGGUUGGCGGCGCAGAGGGAACCAAACUGGAUGAAGAUUUCAAAGAUUUGGAGCGGAAAGUAGAUGUGACCGGCAAAACGGUGGUGGAGGUCAUCUCUAAAACCUCAGAGUACCUGCAGCCUAACCCAGCGUCCCGGGCCAAGCUCUCCAUGCUGAACACUAUGUCAAAGAUCCGUGGCCAGGUGAAGAACCCUGGAUACCCCCAGGCAGAGGGCCUGCUGGGAGAGUGCAUGGGAAAGUACGGCCGUGAGCUCGGAGAGGAAACCAACUUUGGUGGUGCUCUUAUUGAUGCUGGGGACACCAUGAAGAGGAUGGCUGAGGUCAAGGACUCUCUUGAUAUUGAUGUCAAACAGAAUUUUAUUGAUCCCCUGCAAGGACUAUAUGACAAAGACAUUAGGGAAAUACAGCACCACCUGAAGAAGCUGGAGGGUCGUCGUCUGGACUACGACUACAAGAAGAAGCGGCAGGGCAAGAUCCCUGACGAGGAGGUGAAGCAGGCUCUGGAGAAGUUCCACGAGUCCAAGGAGGUGGCCGAGACCAGCAUGUACAACCUGCUGGAAACCGAUCAAAUUGAGCAGGUGAGCCAGCUGUCCUCCCUGGUGGAGUCCCAGGUGCAGUAUCACCGGCAGGCCGUGCAGAUCCUGGAGGAAUUAUCAGAGAAGCUCAAAGACAGGAUAAUGGAGGCACAGGCCCGCCCCCGCAGGGAAUACAUCCCUAAGCCCAAACCAGUCUACGACUUUCCAGAACCGGACCAAUCAAACGGCGGCUUCACUCCGUCUGUAGCUCCUCCUCCUGCCCGCAACUCAGACCCGUACCUCCAGUUUGGCCGAGCAUCAACACGGAAACCCAGGCCGCUCUCGGACCAGGCGUGCUGUAAAGCGCUGUACGACUUUGAGCCGGAGAACGAGGGUGAGCUGGGCUUCCACGAGGGCGACAUCAUCACCCUGACCAAUCAGAUCGACGAGAACUGGUACGAGGGUGCCCUGCGCGGCCAAUCAGGCUUCUUCCCCCUCAACUACGUGGAGGUGGUUGUCCCACUGCCUCACUGAGGCGCUCCUCCUGAAGACACAGGGAAGAAGGGGGUGAGAGGGAGAUGGAGAGAGAGAGAAGGAGAUAGAGGGGGGGAGGGAAGGAAGGAAGGAAGGAGGGAGGGAAAAUGAGGAGCCCGUUUGAAGCAGUCUUCGGUGUUAACUCAUCCUCAUCACCACGGCCGUCGGGCGAAGACUGUAACCUGUACUCUGGCACUUUGUCACCAAGACUCUCAAGAGAGGAAAACUUCCGGAAAAGGGUGGCUUCUCACAUUCCAUCACAGACAAGAUAAAAACUAAAUAAAUAAACAAAGAAGAAGAAGAAGAAAAAAAAAACAUUUUUAACACAUCUGAGGAAGAAAAAAAAAACGGACGAUGAUUGAUGGACUGACGGCAAGUGAAAAUGGACCUAAACGUGACUUCACAAACACACUCAUACACAUUUUAACCCUAACCUAGAAAUUUUGUAUGUCGUUUUCUGUACCACAGAGGUAUCCCGAAAUCAGACACAAGUCAAGUCGAGGAGAUUUGAAAUGAGCCUCUGCCAAGGAAGAUGUGCUGUGGUGAUUUCUUUAGUCGGUUAUCAUUACAGAUAUCUACAGAAAAGCCUCUGUACGGCAGGCUGUUGGGUCUCUUCCCCCUAAGGAUCUCUGGAGUAAACUCAGUGUCCCUGUAACUAUUUUAACAUUUGCUUGUGGUUGGAACUUGUAGGAUUUAUGGGGCAGGAAUGUGGUUCGUGGUGGGGGAGGACAGCCUCCGUUUGGCUGGUGUGUCUUGGGAGCUGUCGCACAGCUUCUGGGACUCCCUGGCACUCGGACAGUGGUGGUGCAGAAAUGUGGCCACUUUGUCUUUCUAGGCAAAGCCACCAGUCUGCAGUGCCCAGUGGAGCUAACAUUCACAUGCACCUCUAGCACCCCCUGCUGGGCAGGCUGAGCCACUGAUCCUUGCCAAUCUACCAGUUAGCUGAAAGACAUCUGUUGCAGUUAUGCUCUGUAGAGGUUAGCUGGUUAGCGUGCUAGUAUGGCUAGUCUCUUAUGUGUCAGAACUGGAGUGCUAAGCAUGUCUGAGCCACAGGGUGCACACCCAGGGUAGGUCCUCUCUGUAAAUGCCCUUUGGGUCAAACUGUUUGCUUGAAAAUGAGUCCUAAAAUAGCAUUUCAUUGCACCAACUGUUCGUUUUGCACCUUGGAUCUCAUGUUGAAAUUGAUCGUAGAAGGGACUUCCAUGUGUCAACGUGUAGGCUUGACGGCUCAAUUACUUUAGAGAAAGAUUGUGUCCUACAAUGUCAUCACACUACAGUUUGAGACUAAAACACUAAGAUUAUACAUUGGUGGGGGGUGGGGGGGGGACCUGCACAUUUUUUUGAAAUCACAAAACACCCCCUCUCCCCCCUAAUGUGCAUGAUACUCAUGUCUUUUAAUUGGUCUAUUUUUGUACGAGCCAAAAAAAAAAAAAAGAAUUUGUGUAAU